CGCAGAGAGGUGAUGAAACUUGGCCAAGGUCAUACAGGUAGUAAGUGGCAAAGCAGAAUUUGAACUCGCAUCCUGGGACUGGGCAUCUGACAAUCCUCACCUGAGGAAUCAAAGCCUGAGGGGUUCUGGGGGAUCCGAGAUUUAGAGGAUAGGGAGCAUAGGUCCAUGUCUCUUUUCUCUGUCUCUCCCACUCCAUCUGUUUGUCUCUCUGUCCUGUCCCUGGUUCUAGGCCCCUCCCUGCCCUGGAUUCUUCUUUGAGGACACACUUUGCUUAUUACAUUAGAUAAGGUUCCCACCCAUAUGGGUGCUUUUCUGUGGCUCUCUUCUUUCCAUCUCCACCUGUCUGAGUGGGGCAGGAUGCUUGGCCUGCCCUGGGUGGCUACGUGUGUUUAUGUCUUUGGUGGGUGGGGGACUCUGGGUUUGUCUACCAGCCCUUCCUUCUUCUCCCCUCCCCAAUUCCUCACCUUCUGACACCCCUUGGUUUCAGGGCUUUAGUGAUGAAAGCAGGAAAUGGCCUGGAGCCAGGAUGCCUGGGACCCAGCAGAGUAGCUCCUCCUUAAAUACCAAAAUGAUGUGGCCCCACCUUCAGGAAACUCACAACCGUAAAAGAUACACAGAGAUGGACAGACCAACCGACGGAGAGAUGGAUGGACGUGCCGCGGAAGGAGGAAUGGCCAGCCAGCCAGAUGGAAGGCCUGAUGGGCAGAAGGAACCACCGAGACCCCCUUCUCCCCCGUUUCCACCACGGGCUCCCUCGCCCCCACCGCCUCUGUCUCCUGCCUCUAUCGGCGUGCCCCCUUCGCCAGGGCCAUCGGAACAAGGUGCCCGCCAGCUGCUGCUGGACGAGUGGGGGACGCCCGGAGCGGAACUGAACCUGCCGGAGGGCCUCAGCUGGAAGCUUCUCUACGUGCGGAGACCACUCUAUCGCAACUUGCUGCGGUCGCCGAACCCCGAGGGCAUCAACAUCUAUGAACCACCACCCCCCUGUGGCCCUGCUCGGCCCCUGGAGACUCUGGGUAACUUUAGUGGAUGGCAAAUCAGCACUGAGAAACUGCUCCCCAACUUCAGCUGGACCGUGAAGCAACAGUGCGUGGACCUUUUGGCUGAAGGCCUGUGGGAGGAGCUGCUAGAUGAUGAGCAGCCAGCCAUCACUGUCAUGGACUGGUUUGAGGACAGCCGCCUGGAUGUGUGUGUAUAUGAGCUCCACGUCUGGCUCCUGGCUGCUGACAGACGGACUGUCCUCCGGCAGUACCAUGCCGCUCCCCGACCCUCUCCACGGGGCCCAGGUGGACGCUGGUGCCAGGUGUCUCAUGUAUUCAAACACUAUGGCCCAGGAGUCCGAUUCAUUCACUUCCUGCACAAGGUGAAGAACCGUCUGGGCUCUGAUGGGUUCCGGAGAACCCGGGUGACCGACUCUUCAGUGUCCCUGCAGCUACAGAAUUAACCUGUCAUCCCCACCCCCCCAUCUCUGCCCCAGUGACCCUAUCCACCACGCAUAUAUACAAGGAACCUUCUGGUGACCUCCCCAUCAUUUUCCUGGAAGGACCUCUCUUUUUUGUUUUAGUCAGGACAUGUGAUAUCAUCGGGGUAGGGAACUCCUCUUAUGGACACUCCCUCUUCCUAUGUUGCCAGACAUAUUUUCUUGGAAUUUCCUGAGUCGCUGAAAGAUUGACUUACCUGGGAUCAUACAGCCAAUAUGUAUCAAAGCUAGAACCUGACUCCAAGACUGGCCCUCUACCCACAGGGCCACGCUUCCUUAGCUCCUGCCUCUUCCCUGCAGGAUACCUCCUCUCCCUGCAAGUAUAUUGCUGAGCACCCUCAUCUUAGCCCAGAUAUUUUCCCAGAAAACCAACAACAAUCCAUCUCAAAUAUCUCCCAAGAAGGGACUUCUCAUCUCCCCCUAAAAUCUCUGGGAAUCACUCCUCUUCUCUAGGGAUUUAUCUCUCCCAAACAUAGCCUGGGAGUUCCAAAAUAUCUUCCCAAAUAUACCCUGGGGAUCCUGCCUUUUCUGCCCCCCCAGAAGCCAUCUUCUCUAAAAAAAGAUCCCCACAUGGUCCCCCAAUUCUAAGGAAUCCUUUAUUUUCCAAAAAGAAAUCCAUAGACGGUCAUCUCAUCUCCCCCAAAUGUCUCUUGACAGUGACCUGUUCAUUGUUCUAAUAUCUCUCUCUUGGGUAUUCUCAUCUCCUGAAAAUCCCUCCAGAGAUUUAUUUCCCCUAAACAACUCACUGGGAACCCUUCAUUUCCUCUCAAAAUCAUUGUCUUAAAUGUCAUCUUAGGAACCCCUUAUCUCUCCCAGAUAUUUCCCAGGAACCCCUAAUAUCUCCCUAAAUAUCCCUCACAUCCCAAAUAUGGCCCCCAGAUAUGACCCCAUAUUUCCUCAAUAUUCCCCAAGGACCCUUCAUCUUCACCCCAAUAUAUCCCCUAGGGACACUAAUUCCUUCCCAAGAGAUCUCCCUGGGCUAUGUUUUGUGAAAUAUUCUCAAUGUUUUUCCUAUGGAGCUUUUGGGGUCCUCCUUGAGACUCCCCAAUGCCUCUCCUUAUCACCUAUCCUUAU